AUGAUCUUUACUGACAGCUGCAGGACGGACAACCAGCCGGAGUUUAUGCAAAACCUCGGGUUUGUGCCCGAUGCGGGGGUGCCAGAGCUGUACUCGUACUCGAGCCAGGUGGAGCCGUUCCUACUGGCGCAGACGCAGCAGCAGACAGGCUGCAACCCCGAUCCAGAUUCCGCUCGACCUCUCGCAUCAGCGACAGCACCGAGGAAUAGUGUAUGGAUUAUUGUAGAUAUGACAUACGGCCCAGUAUCACUUCAAGUAAAGAAGUGA